AUGAAGAUCAUAAAUAGAUUAGGUAAAGAUGAGAAAAUUAGUAAUACUGAUCAUAUUGUUAAAAAAGCUGUUAACUCAUCCUAUUUUGGGGAGAUCAAUUUGAUUUACCAUAUUCACAAGAGGGGAAAGAAUUAUCAAAUUUUCUUAAAAAUUAAUAAAUUUCUCACAUUGGUGCCAUUGGAUGUUCUUUAUAUCUAUCUCAAACAUGAAUUACCCAUUAAGACCGAGAAUUUUGACUUGAGACGCUCAAACAGAUUGGCAGGGGGACAAGAUGAAAAUCUUAUUGAAGAUGAAGAAGAUGUUAGUGAUGAUUUGAAUAGUGAUGCUAACGAAUAUGAAUAA